AUGACAAGUGGAAAGCUCUUCAGCUGUUACCCCGAGGAUACCGUGGAUUCAGCGCUGGAGCUGCUUGUGCAGAAUCGCAUCACUGGUCUCCCGGUCGUGGACGCUGAGAAUCGUGUGGUUGGCGUUGUGUCGGACUUUGACCUUCUUGCCCUGGACGCUGUGGGCCGAGUGAACGAGGAUCAGAACCUCUUCCCGUCGGCGGACCAAAGCUGGCAGGCAUUCAAGGAGGUCAAGAAGAUGUUGGCGAAGAGCGCCGGAAAGAAGAUCAAGGACGUGAUGACGGUUCAGCCAAUCACCGUAAGGCCCGAAACCAACUUGGAGGAUGCCACGAAUAUCCUCAUCGUAAAGAAGAUUCGGCGGUUGCCAGUUGUGGACUCCGAUGGCAAGCUCGUGGGCCUUAUCAGCCGCGGCAACAUUGUCAAGGCAGCUCUCGCGGCACGGAAGGCCUCGGCGGCUGCCAACAACUAA